UUCUCGCCAAGACAAAAAGAGAUAAAAGAAAUAAACAAAUCGAGAAAGAAAGAGAAAAAAACUCAGACAACCACCGAAACACAAGACAGUCGUUUCUCUCUCUCUCUCUCUCUCUUUCUCUCUUGUCUUCUCAAAAGGUUCCGCUUUUUUCUACGAAGAAGAUUGAUGUCUGAUCCGGCGAUUAAGCUGUUUGGUAAGACGAUUCCUUUACCGGAGCUUCUUGGUGGUGAUUCUUCUUCUACCUAUACCGAACAGCAAGACCAGAAUCCUGUUCGGUUAUCAGAUUCGUGUACCGGAGAUGAUGAAGAGAUGGGUGAUUCCGGUUUAGGAGGAGAUGGUGGUGGUGGUUUUCACGGUGGAGAUAGCGAGAGUGAAAAGGAAGAAAAAGAUAAAGAGCAUGGAGAAGAGUCAUUGUGCAAUGAAUCUAGUAACGUUGUUGCGGCAUCUGAGAAAACGGAAACAACAAAAGCUGCAAAGACGGAUGAAGAUUCGUCACAGAACGGUGGGACUUGCUCUCAAGAGGGGAAGCUAAAGAAACCAGAUAAGAUUCUGCCUUGCCCGCGAUGCAAUAGCAUGGAGACCAAGUUCUGUUACUACAACAACUACAACGUUAACCAACCUCGCCAUUUCUGCAAGAAGUGUCAGAGGUAUUGGACAGCUGGAGGCACGAUGAGGAACGUUCCCGUUGGCGCAGGGAGACGCAAGAACAAGAACCCAGCUUCUCAUUAUAACCGUCACGUAACCAUAACAUCUGCGGAAGCUAUGCAGAAGGUUGCGGCGGCAAGAACCGGUGAUCUUCAACAUCCCAAUGGUACCAGUCUCCUGACUUUUGGCUCUGAUUCAGUCCUCUGUGAAUCCAUGGCUUCAGGGUUGAAUCUUGCUGACAAGUCAAUGCUGAAGAAGACACAAACCGGGUUGCAAGAAGCCAAUGAAGGCUUGAAGAUUACAGUUCCUCUAAACAAGGAGGCAGGAACAACCAGCCCAUUACCAAAAGUUCCAUGCUUCCCAGGACCACCACCACCAACUUGGCCGUACGCUUGGAACGGUGUUUCAUGGACGGUUUUACCGUUUUAUCCUCCACCGGCUUACUGGAGCUACCCGGGGGUUUCGCCAGGGACGUGGAACAGCAUCACCUGGAUGCCACAACCCACAUCACCAUCUGGUGGGUCUGGUCCAAAUUCUCCAACACUUGGUAAACAUUCAAGAGACGAGAGCAUUGCUGAACCAGGAACCGUUCUUGAAGAAACCGAGUCAGUUGGUAGAGAGAAAAGCAAAUCAGAGAGGUGCCUAUGGGUUCCCAAGACGCUGAGGAUAGAUGAUCCAGAGGAAGCCGCUAAAAGUUCGAUAUGGGAAACAUUAGGGAUCAAGAAGGACGAAAAGGCAGAUACUUUCAGAGCUUUCAGGUCACCAAACAAAGGGAAAAGCAGUCUUUCUGAAGGCAAACUUCCGGGAAGACGACCGGAGUUGCAAGCAAAUCCUGCUGCUCUUUCUAGGUCAGCAAACUUCCAUGAAAGCUCAUAGAAAGAAGCAGAUGGAAAUUAAGCAGCAGAUGAUUUGAUUGUUUUGGGUUCAGUCUUGUGUUCCAAGAAAACAGGUGAGUCCUUUUGUAUAUAUAAUGGUUGACAUAGCGAGGGAGAAGUUAGUUUUUGUGUUGCAGAGUGAAAGUUUGUUGUAUCAUAAAUGGGAAAGCCCCAAAACUGUAGUUAAAUAAAUCUUGAAAGAUUUGCUAUUGUCCAUUAAAAAUCAAGAUUUGUUUAAGGGAGAAAAGAUGUUACACUAAAUUAAGUUUGAGUUUCUCUCCAACUCAUUCGAAGCAUAUUCAAUUUUUUAAAAACUUUU